AUGUUGGCAGACGAAGACGCCAGGAAUACGACUAACGGCACAUCCAAAGCUCACGCCAAUGGGAAAUCACGUCAACCACCUUCGGGUACAGGAGCUGCAAAUGGAACACACAAGUCGGUAGUAGCCCGGAAUGGGUUGUCUAAAUCUCGACCGCCGGACGAGUACUAUGGCCACGAUCGGGAGGAGGUCACCCGCCUGCUCAUACAAACUCUGUCAGACAUGGGGUACCAUUCUGCCGCACAGAAUGUGAGUCAGGAUAGUGGAUUCAAACUCGAAAGCCCUACCGUGGCCUCUUUCAGAAACGCCAUCCUCGACGGAGCCUGGGCCGAGGCAGAGCAAUUCCUCUUUGGGGCGGCUAUAUCCGGUGAUGUCGAGGAUCAGAACGGCAACGGACUAGUGCUGGCCCCCGGUGCGGACCGGAAUGUCAUGCGCUUCUGGAUACGGCAACAGAAAUUUCUGGAAUUACUGGAACAAAGAGAAACUGGCCGGGCCCUGAUGGUGCUAAGAACGGAGCUCACGCCUUUGUACCAGGAUAAGCAGAAACUUCAUUUCCUCUCCAGCCUCAUAAUGUGUCAGUCCACCGAGGAUCUGAGGUCAAAGGCCCAUUGGGAUGGCGCGGAUGGGCGUUCAAGACAGAUAUUAUUGUCAGAGCUAUCAAAAUGCGUAUCACCCUCCGUGAUGCUCCCCGAGCACCGUUUGGCUAUUUUGCUGCGCCAAGUCAAAGACGACCAGAUUGGGGGGUGCUUAUGGCAUUCGGAUGCCGCGUCGCCGUCACUAUACUCGGAUCAUAUUUGUGAUAGGCACAAAUUCCCCACUGAGGAUGUCGUGGAGCUUGACGAGCACUCAGGUGAAGUAUGGCAGGUUGUCUUCUCUCAUGAUGGGACGAAGUUAGCCAGCUGUGGCAGCGAUAAGCAAGUCAUCAUAUGGGAUGUACCGUCAUUCAGGGUCCUGCAUUCUCUAAAAGAUCAUGAAUCUGGGGUCGGUAACGUCGCUUGGAGCUGGGAUGAUUCCAUGCUUGUAACCUGCUGUCAAGACCGCCACGCACGGUUAUGGGAUGCCACUACGGGCGCAUGUCUCCAGAGACUGGAACGGUUCGGAGAGCCAGUUAGUAGUUGUGUAUGGGCCCACGACAACCGUUCAUUUAUCACAGGUUCACUGGACAAGAACCGUAGCUUGGUGCAAUGGAACCUCUCUGGGGAAAAGAUAUACGAUUGGGCUAGCCCUCAUAGGGUCGAAGAACUGGCCCUCUCCCCAGACGGGCGUUGGCUGGUGGCUAUGGACCACGAGAACCACAUACACGUCUACAACUUCGGUACUCGGGACUUUGAGUACAAGAUCGAUCUCAAAGUUCGAUUAACCUCUGUUUCUAUCAGCCAGAACUCGCGGCACCUACUCGUAAAUCAGAAGAAUGGCAUCGCGCAACUGAUCGACCUCGUCCUUCGGGAGCCGGUCCAGACAUACACGGGCCACAAGGGUGGUGAUUUUAUGAUCCGCAGUGCAUUCGGAGGGGCUGAUGAGAGCUUCAUUAUUAGUGGGAGUGAAGAUGGCUACAUUAACAUCUGGCACAAAGUCACAGCCCAACCGGUGGAGAGGCUUGUCGGCCACAGCCCCAGAUGCAACUCAACAUCCUGGUGCCCUACGAACCCGUGUCUUUUCGCCUCGUGUGGUGACGAUGGCAAGGUAAAGAUAUGGUCCAACGAGGACUGGCGACGUGCUCAUAUGGAGACCAUGCACCGCCCACAGUGA